GAUGCUUUGUAUUGGGAUGCGCGAUAUGUGCAGGAGGCUGGUAGCUUUGAUUGGUAUCAGCGUUACUCUUCUCUUCGCCCAUUUGUUCGUCGUUAUAUUCCCACGUCUUCUCGUGUUCUCAUGGUUGGCUGUGGCAAUGCUCCGUUCAAUCGAGAGAGGAUGGAUUGGAUUAGGGGCAUGUUCAUAGUUGAGCUCCGUAUGGUUACUGGGGUAGUUAGGGUUUUUGUUCUCUGUUUCUGGGUCCCUUCAACUUCUGGAUCGCCUGUCAAAAUCUUGGGCCUUGCUUCUGAAUGUUUAUCAGGAAGAAAGGCUGAUACGUUUUGCUAAGAAAUGAGAUUGACAUGCAUUUUUUUUUUCUUUGAAACAGUGAUCUUCAGGUUUGAAAAAGCUAGAAAUGGCAACCCUUAUAAUUGAAGCGCGAAUAAAACUGUUAUGUUAUUAAUGCAACUGCCCCACUCGUCUUGUCAAUGCCUUUGAUGGAGCUACAGUAUCAUGCAAUUAUUGUAAAUAAUUGUAUGGUGUUUGAAAUAAUUUUGCGAUUCUAAUUGUGAAUUCUAUAGUUGAUGGCAUAUUUAGGAGGUGGUUGCAGUAAAAUUUAUAAUACACAUCAAGGCAGCUGGAUGAUCUAUGUCGAGUUUGCAAGUUUUCUGAUUGACUAACAUUAUCAUAUCCUCGUGAUGGUGCAUUUAUUGAUUGAAUCUUGUUUGACCUGUCAAUUGCUAUGGGGAUUUUCUUUAAAUUCUUUGUGCAUUUGGAGAUUUACUAAAGGAGAUAUCUUAUUCUACAUUGUAGUAAUGUCAGAGGACAUGGUCAAGGAUGGAUAUGAAGAUAUAAUGAAUAUUGACAUAUCGUCAGUGGCCAUUGAAAUGAUGAAAAGGAAGUAUGAGUAUAUCCCUCAGCUCAAAUACAUGCAAAUGGAUGUUAGAGACAUGAGCUUCUUCCCAGAUGAGUCUUUUGAUAGUGUCAUCGACAAGGGAACUCUUGAUUCCUUGAUGUGUGGAAAUGAUGCUCCAAUUAGUGCUGCUCAGAUGUUGGGAGAAGUAAGCAGGCUUCUUAAACCUAGAGGAAUUUAUAUGUUGAUAACAUAUGGUGAUCCUACAGUAAGGAUGCUUCAUUUAAGCCGGCCAGUGUACAAUUGGAAAAUAAUAUUGUUCAUAAUACCUAGACCAGGAUUUGAAAGGCCUGCAGGUAGUUCUUCAUCACGGUCAUUUUUGGAACCUGUUCCUAUCACUGAGAAGGGCUUGCUUCCAGCAGAUUUUGUGUUGGAAGAUCCAGAUUCUCACUUUGUAUACGUGUGUAAAAAGAUGGAUGAAACAGAAGAGCUCCAAAGCAUACCUGACCACCCAUUGAUGGCUGACGUUUUGUAGCAUUAAGUGACAUUAAGGCACUAAGGUAGUAAUUACUUUGUAUGAUUUUUGCUGCUUGUACCAUAGAAGGACUUGUCAUUGGUGAGCUUUGAGUAUUUAUUACAAAAGAGGCAUUGUAUUGUUGUUAUUUCUGACACAUCAGAUUUGAAUCUGGACAAUAAGAAGAAUGAACCUAUUAGUGAUGAGUGGAUGAAAUAAGCACUUGAGUUCAUUGAUGCUCCUGUA